CUGGGCCGCGUCUCUCCGGGCGCGCUUCCUGUGAGGUCAGGUGGGAGGAAGCGGCCUGGAGCCACCGGGAGUGGACGCCGCCGAGGCCUGGAGCCGCGCCUGCAGACACAGCACCUGCUCAGCGUGGGUCACCUCUGUGAGCACCACUGACCGCAAGCCUUCCUCCAUUUCUGGUGCAGCCCAUCAGGGACCCGCAGUGCCCGGGAGGAUGGUGCGGAUCUUGGCCAAUGGGGAAAUCGUGCAGGAUGACGACCCCCGAGUGAGGACCACUACUCAGCCACCCAGAGGUAGCACUCCUCGACAGAGCUUCCUCAACAGGGGCCAUGGUGUGCCCCCAGGAGGUCCUGGCCCCCGCCAGCAGCAGGCAGGUGCCAGGCUGGGUGCUGCCCAGUCCCCCUUCAAUGACCUCAACCGGCAGCUGGUGAACAUGGGCUUUCCGCAGUGGCAUCUCGGCAACCACGCCGUGGAGCCGGUGACCUCCAUCCUGCUCCUUUUCCUGCUCAUGAUGCUUGGGGUUCGUGGCCUCCUCCUGGUGGGCCUCGUCUACCUGGUGUCCCACCUGAGUCAGCGGUGACCUCUGGGGGCUGAUGGGGGCGGGCCUGUUGAGAGGGACUUGCUGGGCCUUGGUAUGAGAGCAGGCAUAUUUGGAGGGGAUCUGGUGGUGCCUUGAAGGUGUGAUCAGAGAGGGGACCACAGGAGUGUGUUUCCCCCUUGUGUUAAGCAUGAGGCAGAGGAGACUCUAGUCCAGCAUUUCCAGAGUGUGGGUGGGUCCCUUGGUUCCCUUGAGAUAUUUUUAGGUGGUAUGGGGCCUGUGUUUAGUGGCACAGAAUCAGAGCAAGAAAGGGGUUCCCUUCCCAAUUCUCUCAAUCCUUUUAUGCCGAGAAGAAAAUCUCAGCUGGGUGCCAAUAUGUUCCGAAGCCUCUGGAAGACAUGCUGGCUUCUCCUUGGCCUAGGGAGCAUGACUUGGGCUUAGGGCAGGUGGGGAAAAUUCCAGACUUUUAUAGCACUGUUUUUGUUUUAAUGGUCUAUUUUUAUUGGCUACCUAUUGUUUAGGACAAGUGGUACUGGCAUUCUAUUUAUUGUCACAUUUUCAAUAAAUAGAUUUAAGUAGAA